AUGCGACGCGGAGGCGGAGGCGGAGGCAGGGGAAGUGGAGGUAAAGGAGGGCGAUCAGGAGGAGGUGGAGCGGGCUCCGGCCGCAGGGACGCGCGCCACGGCGGCGCCUCCUACCGCGACGACCGUGGUAGGCGUUCCGACUACCGCUCCCGCCGCACCCCGUCCCCGGACCGCCGCCCCAGGGGCGAGGACAACGACCGCGACCGUAGCCCGCCCCGCGGCGGCCGCACCGGCUACGGCGACCGUAGCCCGCCCCGCGGCGGCCGCAUCGGCUACGGCGGCCGUAGCCCACCCCGCGGCGGCCGCAUCGGCUACGGCGACCGCAGCCCGCCCCGCGGCGGCCGUAGCCCGCCACGGCGCGAGCGCGCAGGCUACGGCGGCGACCGCGACGCGUCGCCCCGCCGUGGGCAUCAGCCACACAAAGACGCCUUCGGCCCGCUGGGCGGCGACCGCCACGCCUCUCCACGCGGGCGAAGGGAAUACGGCGAUAGCCGCGGCUCGCCCCGCGGGGCCAGGGACUACGAAAGGGCUCCCUACCGCGAGGAGCGCGACAGGUACGACCGCCCUGUCCGCGUUGCCGAUCUCGGCCACGACUCCCCGCCGGCCUACAUGCUCCCUGACCACCCUUCCGACCUCGGACGUCCGGCAUCCCUGCGCGCCGGGAGGAAGGAAAGCGACUAUUUUGGCGGCUCUGGUGACGACCGUAGCCUUCUCAAGGACGACUACCUUGGGGGCGGUGGGUUGACUCUUAGAAUAAGUGCAACUGAAAUGGGAAGGACUAGCGCCAUGUACUUCCAAGACCGCAGAUUGUCGCCUCCACCACCUCUGUAUCCCACUGUGCCGCACGAGACUGGAUUCUUGACAGGAGGAUCUGCCAUGAAGGCCAGUGAUGGUUAUGUUGCUGGAAACACCCAGCGACUGCACGAUGAUGGCAAUUUUAAGUACCACAAGAAUGCCCCAUACAUUGAGAGUAGAGAUACUGAGAGGCAUUAUUCUGGCAGUAGGGACUUGGUUGUUGAGAAAGGUGGAGGUGCAGAAAGGUUUUAUGAUGAUGUGCCUGCUGGGAGGAUUAGAGAAACAGAGAUGCUUUACUCUAGAAGGGGUAUUGGUGAUUCUUCCUCAGCCUUGCUUGCCAAGGACCACCAUCCAUACAGGAUGCACACUGAACCUGGCUAUGAGACAAGCAAUGGAUACAACAUGGAUGGCCUUGGCAGGUCAUCUCAUGACUCACUGGGGUAUGGGAGUGGUCAUCCUCAUAGGUUAUCAGGAAGUCCAUUAGAGCAUGGCAGUGGUCAUGGUGAUGAAACAUUACUGGAUAUUGCAAGGCAGGCACACUCUAGGCAUACACCAAGAGCUGCAUCCUUGGAGUAUGAUGGACAUGAUACAUAUACUGCAUCAGAGAACAUACGUGGGAAUGUCCCACUGAAUUCAAGGCACAUAUCAGGCUCAACAUCUUUGAGAGGUCUCGGGGAUGAAAGGAUUAACGGCAAUCUGAGGUUAUCCCAUAGGAUUGAAGAAGACAAGGGUAGCUUUGAAGAAGCCAUGCAUCAGGACACAGAGCACUUAAUUCAGCAUUCUUAUGGUGGUGAUGCUUCUGUAAAGUAUCUAACAGCAAGGGGUGGUGAUGAUCGCUACUCCCACUCCCCUGGAACUGAACCUAUUGGAAUUUCGAGGCGGCCAGCUCGUCAGCAUGAGUUUGAUUCGUUUGGUUACUCAAGUGAUCAAGAAGCUUCCCUUGUGGUUUCUAGGAAAAGAGACAGGAGUCCUGAAUAUCAUGAUCAUGAGAUAGAUGUGUAUCAAGCUGAUCAUGGGUUUACAGGACAUGAGUACUAUGAUGAUGAUAUUGAUGAAUAUGAUCUACCCCCACCAAGAAUGUCACGAUAUGUCAUGUUUGAUGGCGAUGAAUGUGAUGAAAGACAUGAUGUGCCAACUAAUGGUGAUGUUUUCUCAAGGCUUGCUUUGCCACAUGAAACCUAUGGGGAAUGGACUGACAUGGAUCGGGGGAACCAUCCUCAUUCUGACAUCUUGGGUUAUGGGUAUUCAAAACACUCGACAAAAGAUGAACCUAAUGGUUCUGAAGUAAAGCAUGAAGAUGCUCCAGAGUAUGAGGAUCCUCCUCUGCAGAAAGAUCCACCAGAAGGUUCAGAGGAGUUCCGUAAACAGGUUGAGGAAGCAUUUCUUAAGUACGCAAAGAUAUUAAAUGAGAGUCCAGCUACGCAGAAGAAAUACCGUGAGGCAUCAAAAGGAUCUUUGUCUUGCUGUGUCUGUCGCAGUGUAGCGAGGAAGUUUCCAGACCUGGAUGCACUGCUAUCACAUGCUUAUGAUACAUGCAAGGUGGGUUUGAAGACAAAACACUUGGGGUUUCACAAAGCACUCUGUGUUCUGAUGGGGUGGAAUUGGCAUGUUGCUCCAGACACAUCUAAAGCUCAUUACUCCAUUCCAUCUGAGGAAAUAAAUGCCAUGAGGGAAGACCUCAUGCUGUGGCCUCCAGUUGUUGUGAUACAGAACAGCUCGACUGAUAUAGGGGUACCACCUGAGAAGGCGAGGGUUAGCCAUGGAAGACCAGCCAAUCAGAGCGUGUUCUUGGUGAAGUUCCAGCCAACUAUAUCUGGGUUUCAGGAAGCCAUGAGAGUCCAUACCCAUUUCUCAACCAGGAACCAUGGCAAGGAAGAGUUCCAGCUGUUGAGAGGCAGCAAAGGUAAGAAGGCUGCCUCUACUGAGAGCCUGGAAGAGCUGCUUUAUGCACAUAUUGGGGUCGUGGAAGACCUUGGAUUGCUGGAUGACGGAAUGAAGAAGAGAUGUAAGGUCAGGAGCAAGAAGGAAAUUGAGUCAGAUGCAGAUGCAGAUGCAACACUGAAUUUAGAACCGUGA